CCCAUUUUACAGGUCUCUCAUUUUAUGUGUGUCGGCCAAGUGGAGUGCUUGCUGCGCCCUGCCUCUUUUUCAGUCUGUCGUUGAGAGGAGAAUGAGAAAAGGAGAGAAACGAGAAAAAAAAAAAGUAAAGGAGGAAUAUAAGCAGUAAGUUGCCCUGAGAUACCCGGAGAGGUGAGAAAUCAAUCUUUCUGAACCUUAUCAGCUACAGUAAUGUACCUCACAUCAGCAUGCUGUUUCCGGUCCGCCAUUUUUCUUUUGUAUUUAACAGUCUCCCAUUUCACAGGUCUCUCAUUUUACAUGUGGCGGCCGGGUGGAGUGCUUACUGUGUCUCGUCUCCUGCUUCUUCAGUCUGUCCUCUAGAGACGAGAACAAGAAAAGAAGAGAAAAGAAAAAGAAAGGGAAAGAAAGGGAAGACUAUAAGCAGUCUCUCAUUUUAUGUGCAACGACCGAGCAGAGUGCUUGAGCUUGCUACAGUACAGAGUGCUUUCUGUGCCUUGGCUCCUCCUUCUUCAGUCUGUCCUCCAGAGACGAGAACGAGAAAAGUAGAGAAAGGGGAAAAGAAGGAAACGUAACGAAGGAAUAUAAACAGUCUUUCAUUUUACCUGCUGCAACCAUACGGAGUGCAUGCUGCACCUUGCUUCUUGCUUCUUCAGUCUGUCCUCUAGAGUCAAGAACGAGAAAAAAAGAGAAAAGAAGAGAAAGUAAAAUUAAGGGAGGAAUAUAAGCAGUCUCUCAUUUUAUGUGCAACGACUGUGCGGAGUGCUUGCUGCUCCCUUCCUCUUGCUUCUUCAGUCUGUCCUCUAGAGGAGAAGAAGAGAGAAACAAAACAAGUUGCUCUGAAAUAUCUGAAGAGGUUUCUCCUUCUUAAGUGGGAUGACUGUGUAGAGUACUUACAGCUCCAGGACUCUUGCUUCUUCAGUCCGUCAUCUGUUUGGUUAACCAGCUUGCUGUCUUUAAAUCUGAGUGGUUAGUCAUUUACACAAGUUCAUUCAGAAUGUCAUCUCAAGGGAGCUACGCAAAGGUCGCAGAGAGUUUUGAGAACAUAAGUGAACACAGCUGCUUGAGUGAGACAUCUGGUGCCCUGGUGGACACAGAGACAAUUUCUGACAUCAAAAUGAAGGGUCCAGAAGUGAGUCUGGCACCAAGCAGUAAUGUUACUGAAACCGAAGAGAGCAGUGUUUCCAGCCCUCAAAAUACUGAUGAAAAUUCUGGGGAUGGUUACCAGGGUUACGAGGGUGACGAUGACGACGAUGAUGAUGACUCCAAUCUUCCCAGCUUUGAGGACUCUGACAAUUUUAUCAGCAGUACAGAAUGCUCAUCCAGUCCUCAAGAGCUGGAGGAAGGUGAGAUUGUGGAAGAGCAGAGUGUGGGAAGGCUUUUUCAUCACUAUGAGCUGGAGGCCGGAGAGGUUGUGGAAGCACAGGGCGUUCAAAACCUGUUCUGCAGUUAUGAGUUGGAAGAAGGUGAGGUUUUAGAAGCACCGAGAGUGCAAAGCAUGUUAUGUCACUAUGAGUUAGAGGCUGGUGAGGUUGUGGAAGCACAGGAAGUGCAAGGUCUUUUCUGCCAUUAUGAAUUGGAGGAAGGUGAGGUUGUGGAAGCACAGGGAGUGCAAAGCCUGGUACAGUACCAUGAGUUAGAAGAAGGUGAGGUUGUGGAAGCACAGGGAGUGCAAAGCCUGGUACAGUACUGUGAGUUGGAGGAAGGUGAGGUUGUAGUAGCACAGGGAGUGCAAAGCCUGGUGCAGCACCAUGAGUUGGAGGAAGGUGAGGUUGUGGAGCAUGAAAUUGGAAGCUUGCUCCUCCGCCGCCACCAUGUUUUGGAUGCUUGUGAGAUUGUAGAAGAACAGGGACUGGAAAGCCCAUUCCACCACCGUGUGUUGGGGCAAGGUGUAGUUGGGAAUGAUCAGGAUGAGGUCUCUGAGGUGUAUGAACAGAACAGUGUGGAGCGCAGUGAGCAAUAUGACAUUGAAGAUAGUUCGAUAGAUGAAUGGAUGGCCUUAGAGACAUCUCCUCUCCUAAAACCUCGAUGGAAUGUCCUUAAUGCCCUUCGGGAUAGGCAGCUUGGUUCCAGUGGUCGCUUUGUGUAUGAAGCCUGUGGUGCAAGAUUAUUUGUGCAGCGCUUCUCCCUAGAGUAUGUUUUUGAAGGCCAUGCUGGUUGUGUUAACACUGUUCAUUUUAACCAACGUGGCACCCUGCUGGCUAGUGGCAGUGAUGAUCUAAAAGUUAUUGUGUGGGACUGGCUUCAUCAGCGACCAUUACUGAACUUUGACAGUGGCCACAAAAAUAAUGUCUUACAGGCAAAAUUCCUUCCUAACUGUAAUGAUGCCAUCUUGGCUAUGUGCGGCCGUGAUGGGCAGGUACGAGUUGCACAUCUAUCUGCUAUGGCAGGGACUCACAUGACUAAGCGUUUGGUAAAGCAUGGAGGAGCAUCCCAUAGACUGGGUUUGGAGCCAGAUUCACCCUUUAGGUUCUUAAGUUCAGGUGAAGAUGCAGUUGUCUUCAGUAUUGACCUCAGACAAGCCCAGCCAGCUUCAAAGCUGAUGGUAACCAAAGAUGGUGAUAAGAAAGUGGGACUAUAUACAGUCUUUGUGAAUCCUGCCAAUGUCUACCAGUUUGCUGUAGGUGGGCAAGAUCAGUUUGUGAGAAUUUAUGACCAAAGGAAAAUUGAUGAGAAUGUCAACAAUGGAGUUCUCAAAAAAUUCUGCCCUCAUCACCUUAUUAGCUGUGAAUACCCAGCAUAUAUCACCUCUCUGAUGUAUAGUUAUGAUGGCACAGAGGUCCUGGCUAGCUACAAUGAUGAAGAUAUUUAUAUCUUCAACUCUUCUGAUAGUGAUGGAGCUCAAUAUGCUAAGAGAUAUAAAGGACACAGAAAUAAUGCCACAGUGAAAGGUGUAUAUUUCUAUGGCCCAAGAAGUGAAUUUGUUAUGAGUGGUAGUGAUUGUGGGCACAUCUUCAUCUGGGAAAAAUCAUCCUGCCAGAUUGUUCAGUUCUUGGAGGCAGAUGAAGGAGGAACAAUAAACUGUAUUGAUCCCCAUCCUUACAUGCCUGUGCUGGCAUCCAGUGGGCUAGACCAUGAAGUUAAGAUCUGGUCACCCAUAGCUGAAACUUCCAGUAAACUUACUGGCUUAAAGAAUGUGAUUAAAAUUAAUAAGCUGAAACGAGAUAAUUUUACCUUACACCACACUUCCCUGUUUGACAACCACAUGCUUUGGUUCCUCAUGAGUCAUUUGACACAGUCAAAUUACCAACGUAAUCUGAGAGGUAUAAGAAUUGAAGUUGGAGGCGGAGAUUUCAGUGACUCUUCCAGCAGCUCUGAUGAGGAAGAAAACCAAGACUCACAGUGCCAGACAUCCUAAGGAAUGUCCUGAGACACCACUUGAAGCUGAUGUCACUUCAUAGGACUUUAAAAAUCAGAUUGUAGGAGUUUCUUUCUUUCUUUUUGCAGCGAUUUAUAGUGAAAGUAUUUCUAUUUCCACUUCCACUUUUUAUUACUUGAUUUUUGUUAUUCCUUGCUACCCUGUGUACUACAUAAUUAUAAAAAUAUAAGAGGCCUACUUUGUAUUCUUACAGAUAACUAUGGAUUUGCCUAAAUUUGGUGAAAAAAUUAAUAGUUCUGUAAGAUCUGAUUUCUGUUCCUCAAAAAUUGUUGGGUUAAAAAUGUUCAGUAACUUGAUUCUGAAUCUUAAGUUUUUUUGUCAUAAAAUUUUAAGAAAUGUUUGUGUUCUAAAGUAAAGUAAAAUAAAACAAA